CCCGUCGUCACGAGGAGAGAAGAAAAAGACAGUGGCCUGGCUGUCUGAUAAACUUAAGUUUCAGUUUUGCAGUCAUGUCAGCGCGUUUUGUGGAAAUGAAACGAUCUGUACUUGGAACACAUCGUCUGAAAUUCAGCUGUUGGACGUACAUUUGUGGUGCAGCGUUUAUCAGGACAUAAGUUUGGAGAACAAGGAUGGACGGAGUCAGGUGGAGCACCACGAGGAACCAUGAGUCGUUCAGCCGCUCCCAUCAUGCAGCAGAGACCCUGUCCAGGCUCGCCAGGUUCAUCGCACGGGCUGAUGCCAAACAGCACACACAGAACCCUAAGAAGCUCCCAUAUAUUUGUACAGAAUGUGGCAAGGGCUUUCCCUAUGCAACAGAACUGCUGCAUCACCAAGCUCUGGAGCAUACAUUACCCAAGCCUCACCAGUGCCCCUCCUGCAGAAAGACCUUCUCACUGAAGUCGUCCCUGCACCUACACAAGUGCUCUCAUGAUUUCUUGCCUUGUGAGCUUUGUCACGGAGAGUCGCAACUUGGUACUCCAUGCCCUGCAUGUGUGACUGGAACCUCAGACCCUGACAGCCCAUCGGAAAAGUCCUGUCAUCAUCAUCCCCGUCUCCUGGACAGUAGCCCUUACACUUGUGCACCAUGUGGCAGAGGUUUCAGCCAGAAGCAAGCUCUGCUGCAGCAUCAGCAGGCUGGGUGCAGUGAACCACCAUCCCUUCCGAUGUUAGCCGGCGCCAGUAGCAUUCUUGUUGAUUCUCCUCCUGUUUCUGAUGGAGAUUUGAGCCACUCGGAUUCCUCAGAAACACCAGGACCCAGCAGAGUGACCAGUAUGUGCCAUUUUGGACCCACAACUGUCCCAACAGAAGCUGGACUGCAACACCGUAAGCAGACUAGUCAUAUAGAGGAGCAGCUGAUGGCUCCACAAGCACAGAAAAUCAAAGAAGAAGAAAGUGGUGGCGAUGUAACAGAAGGAGACGCUGAGGUGAAUGGAGAUCCAAGUACAAGGACUAAAUCCAAACAAAAGCUGUGGAGCUGUCGCUCAUGCGACAUGGCUUUUAAGAGCACCACUAAGCUGUAUGUGCACAGGAAGGAGAAGCAUCGACGGGAGAAAAAUCCGAGGAGAGAGCAAAGACCAGUCCGUGCCAGACGCAACAAAAGGAGCACAUACGUAUGUGAAGAGUGUGGUGAAGUUUUUGACCAUCAUUUGUCUAUUUUGGCACAUUACCGAAGGCACAGAGUUGCAGAGUUUACAGCAACCAAAAAUGAAAAUGCAUAUAGAAGCAUUGCCAAAGACUCUGAUCCAGACUAUAGCCCAAAUGAAAUAAAAACUAUCCGAGCUCUAUACAAGACACUUCCGCCUGGUCCAGGGAGGCACAGGAAACCUCAGAGGUUCAAACGUCCAGGGAGAUACAGAGAAGUGCCUGAGAAGGAGGAGAAUGUGGACAGAGAGUUCCCAUGCCCCUCCUGUGUAGAGGUUUUCUCACUGCAGACACAGCUGCGGGAGCACAUGGAGCUCCACCAGUCAUCUGUGACAAAGAUCAGGCAGUGCAGCGUGUGCGCCACCAAGAUGGAUACCAGAAAAUGGCGGAGCUCAAAGAAGCGCCGGCUGUACCAUUGUGUGCCCUGCCAGAAGGGUUUCUCCCAACUGGACUCUUUUCUAGAACACUGUCAGGACCACCUUAGAGUCCGGGUAGAAGAGGACAGCGUCACUGAGGGUUACAGUCAAAAUGGUAACAAAACAUGACGUGCUGUUUGAAUGUGGUCAGCAGUUGCCUUUACCCUCCUCCAAGGUUGUCAAAUUCUAAAACAGUUUGUUGCUUCGAAGUCCAGGGUCACAGUUAAUAACGCCGAGGGUUUAAUGUUAUCCAUACAGACAUACCAAGCAUUCAGAAGUGUUUUUAAAAUAUCCUGUUAAUGUGUUUGUGUUUUGAUUACAUUUAAUACAUCUCACAGUUUAUUUCCAAACUUGAUUUUUAUUUUAAAAGAUUUUUGAAUAUUUGCUUAAUUUUGGGCAGCUACUGGUUUCUUUUCCAUUGUCAUGUGAAAGUGAUUUGGGACGAACAAAAUAGCUGCUUGUUAAAACCUUUGAAAACAAUGGCAUAUUUUGGAUGUUUUUUUUUUUAUUAUUAUUAAUAUUUUUACUUUGUUCAUGCUUAUGUAACCCUCCAUCAUCCCAGGUGUCAUUUGUCAAGGAGCAUUCCACUUACAAGUUACGCAAAGGAAACGUGAGUUUAGUUGACAAAAUUUAAGCAUCAAAUUUAGGUUGGCAGUUUCAUUAAAAUUGGAAAAAGCUGUUUUUGCUUCAUUUCAAAAGAGUGUUAUCUUGAGAUUAAUACACUGCUUAGCAUGAGCAUGUUGGUUUGCAGCUAUUACAAAGAGAUUGAUUUAAAAA